AUGAGGAACUGGGAGGAUUUCGUGGUGAAAGCUGACUCCGAGAAUGAGUUGGGAGAAGUGUUCAACGACACGCACAUGGUCAGUGACAUGGAGCAGGAGCUCCGCUUCCAGCGCUGGAAGGACGUCGUCUUGGACGUCGCGAGGACCUCGCGCGUGUCCCGCGGCAAGAUGAUGAGACUCGUGAUCCUGGAGAUUGGCUGUGGAGGCCGCGUGCCAACGGUGCGCGCGACCUGUGAAACGACCGCGUCACAGCUGAAGAAGUAUGCAGAUGUCACUGUUGCUCGGAUCAACCCGGACUUCCCGUUGCCCGAUCGGCUCCACCCACCUGCCAUGUACUCGCGAUACCUUUGCCUUCCAAUGAAAGGCUUGGAGGGCUUGCGGAAGAUCAAUGAGCAGUACCAAGAGCUGAUCAAACCAAGGAGAAGAGCUGAGCAGGUGCAGGCACGAGCUGCUGAGAAGAUCCAGGACGUCAAGGAGGAGCCUGCGAGAAGUCGGAGCCCCAAAAAGGCGGAUGUUCCUGUUGCGAAUGCAAAGGCACCGCAGAUGUCUCAGGAGCUUAAGAGUCCCAAAGCAAAGCCAGCUCCAAAGAGGACGCCAGAGGCGAAAGCCAAAAGCGAAGGGAGCCCCAAAGAGACGAAGGCGCGUGGUGCGUCACGUAGGGCUCCUUCAGCAUCGCGCCCACAAAGCAAGGGAGUCAAGACGCUCGACUAG